AUGGCCAUGGAAGUUGAAGAGAGAGCAGUUGGCUCGAACUUUUCCUGUUGGCCUAUACGACGACGUUUGGGACCAGAUGCCCCCUUGUUCGCCGCUGGUAACAUCGAAAGAGAACUCCUCGCGAAACAGGUUGCAUUGGACAUAACGGAAGAAGAAAAGCAACAGAUAAGAGGUGUGGAAGAUUGGGCAUGCAGUGAAGUGUUUUGCCCAAUUGUUGGUUGUGGAGCACGCCUGAAAUCUUUGGAGGACUUUGAAGAUCACUAUAAUGCACGGCACACUGCAUCUUGUUCUGUCUGCUCGCGAGUAUACCCAACAUCUCGUUUACUUAGUAUACAUGUAUCUGAAGCUCAUGAUUCUUUCUUCCAAGCGAAAGUUGCCCGUGGCUUUGCCAUGUACGAAUGCCUUGUUGAGGGGUGUAAUGUGAAGCUAAAGAACUACAAGAGCCGGCAGCAGCAUCUCGUGGACAAACACAAAUUCCCAUCCUCGUUCGAGUUCUUCAAGAAGGCCAAGCCUUCGAAAAAACAAAGGCACAAAGUGCUGCAUCAUAAACAAGCAUUACACGACACAAAUGACGCAGCAUCCACAAAGAUGCAAGUCGACCAAGAAAACAUAGACAGUCUUGUUUCGGCAGUCUCUAAGCUAAGCACUUCAGAUUCUCCUUCAUCGGUCAGUUUCGGCAGGCGCCACAACAGAGGCAUUGCUUUCGUUCCUCGAGCUGUUCAGAAAGAGAAGAAGCCUGGCCCGGGCCUUGCAAUUGAGCAGGUAAAAAGAUAG